AUCCCACCCCCAUCUGCACGACCACGUUCACAACACAUCAACACAACCAACAGUACCAACACUAUUUUCGUUCAAAUUAGAGAAUACGUCGCAGUAACUUUUACGGUGCGUUAAACCCAAAAUCAAGAGAACUCUUUAUUUGUUCACUAGAAAGACUCGGCCCAUAGCAAGACCAAAGACCAAAGAGCCAUGGACGACGAACUGCCAGCCCGAAUCGCCAGCAUGGAACCAUCGGUGACAAUAACACCUAUUCCAGCGAACAUGCCACCCACCCCGCCUGUGUCGUUUGUCGAGGCCAACUCGAUGGCUUCAAUAACCGUGGUGCCACCCCAGCAACCAGCAAUGUCCAAUUACGCUCAACUGCUGAGGGUCAUCGAGGACAUGGGCAAAGACCUGCGGCCGACCUACGCUGGUAGCAAGACAGCCGCCGAGAGGCUCAAGAGAGGCAUUGUCAACUCGCGGAUCUUGGUCAGGGAAUGCCUUCUAGAGACGGAGAGGAGUGCCAGACAAUGAGAAUCAGCCACCGACCCCAAAGACGACUCUCAGGGAUAUACAGAAAUUUUGCGAAUUAUCGAUUUGAUUGCCAAAACUGACGGUUAAUUAUGAAGUUUAUUUUCAUUUAGAGUGUUAUUUAAGUUGCCAUGAGAAAACCAGAAAAGCGCGGAAGGCGCAGGCAAUUAUUAUCAUUGUGUAUUAUUUAGAAACUUUUGUAAUGUGUUGCUCUUCUAGAGAAUCAAGUUAAUUUUGAACACAGAGCCAUUUCUAGAGAAAUGUUAACGAACAAAACUCCCUGCAGGUAUUUUUGCCUAUUGCACUCCGUAACAUUGAAUAAUAUCAGUUUGGAGAAGCUUGCUGAGUUCAAAAAUGGACUGUGGAUCACCAUGGCACAAAUUCAAGCUGAUGUCCAUGCAUAAAAAUUUUACUCUUUUACUAGCGAAAGUGGAUUGCUUACAAUUUUUGGAAAACGAAUGUCUCAAAUCGCUGUCAAAAACUAUUUUAGUGAUUGCGAAUCCUGACCAAAAGCCUUUGAGCACUUCGCUGAGUCCAGAAUUUUUGUCAACAUUUUUUCUAGCAGUUUUUAGGUGGAGAAUUUCAAUGACUGGUGCAGGAGUUCAUUCAAUAAUAUAUGUUUUUUCUUGAGAAACGCUGUCAUCAAAAAAUCUGAGAAUUGAAUUGGGGUUGGGCUAUGAAAGUUACCACAACAGAGCCUAUAACGAAGUUGCCAACGUGCAAUCAACUUAAGAGUCAUAAAAUAAACUAAUGAAAUCGCCAUAUUAUCUAACAAAUUUGGGUUUGUAAUAUAUAUACAUGAGUUUUUGUUGCCAUUUUACAGAGAGAUGAACAUAAAAGACUGCCACACUACAAGUUUUCUUUUGACACACUAUUCACUCCGUGUUUUAACUAGUUAAAUGUGCAGACAUUGUGUACUAUUGUUUAAAGUGCUUGAAUGUUGCCAUAAAUACCGCUACUCUGGUACCUGUGUGCUUUUGUCAAUUGCGGCCAGUGCUAGCAUAAACUAACAGUAAAGUUGCUGUCGUGUCUGCACAUUUCGGUUUUUUGCUGCCAUAUUUUGCCUAAUCGAACAAUGUGUCCCUCUGCAUUAGUUCUAAGAAGACCUGGAGAAGUCUGAAUAUUAUAUUUUAAACCAAUACUAUUCAUUUUAUCUUUCAACGGGUAAUUUUUCACUAUAGUAGCCUUUCGACCAUUAAAUAUUGUUGAAUAUAAUCAAACGGGCGACCACCAUUUGUAUACUGCAGCGCUGUUCUCUAUUUUAAAACAAAAAUAUUAAAUAUAAUUAGAUGAUUAUAUCGCAUGUUAACGAGUAUGAAGUAUACUUCUACCAUAUUAUACAAUAUUAGCACUGUAUGUGUUGAGUGUGUUAUUAAACCAAGAGAGUAUUACACUGAUUAAAUAAAGUAUGUUGAAUUUCAAUAGUUAA